UCCUCGUCAUGAAGUCCAUUGCCAUUUUGUUUACAGCUGCUCUCCUGCUGGCCGUGGUUCAGGCUAGAAAGCAUUAUGUGGAGGAGGUCUGCGCCGACGCUGGACCCGAUUGCUUCUCGAAGGCCUCCACGUGCGGCGAGCUGAUGAAGCCGAAUGCCGAGUACAGCAAAAUAUUCAGGGAAGCUUUCGUUACGUGCGCUAAGAAGAACAAUGACAGCAGUGAAGAAGAGUCUCAUGAAUCUGCAGACCAUUCUCAAGAGGAGGAAUUUGGCGAACACGAGAAGUGCAUCAUGGAAGAAACAGGAUUCAUGACUGGCUGGGAAGUGAACAGAGACAACGUGAAGGCCUAUUUAUCAUCCCUGACGUUUUCCGAGAAUGUUCGGACCGCCAUGGAAAGCGCCGUCGACACCUGUGAAGAUCCCACGGUUUCAGACGUCCACGCCUUUGAUAAAUGCAUGCUUGCCGCGUGCAUCGAAGUUGCGUGAGACCGAUUUAGCAAAACGUCACCAGCUUUGCAAGUCCGGACACUUGAUGACGUCAGACCUACGCUUGCCUAGCUGUUACAUCCUGGAUUACGAUAACUGCUUUAAUGACUGAUUUUGGAUUUUCCUCUGCUUAUGUGUAGUUCUUCUUGUAAGGAAAAUGUGCAAAUUCUGGAAUUAAAUUGAUAUGAUAUA